GAUGGGAUACAGCAUGUAGAGCAUGAGGCUCGUAGGUCAUGGGUUCAAGUCCCACAUUGGGCAUUGCAGCGGGUUGGACUAGAUGACCCUUGGGUCCCUUCCGACUCUACAAUUCCAUGAUUUUAUGUGUGUUUGAGCUUUGCCAGGAGGGAGAGGUAGGGGCGAUUAGAGUGCACCUGGGCUGUAGACACUGUGUGGCUGGAAAGAUACAGGAUUCCUGGGUAGCGAAAAAGCCUGUUUCUCUAAAGGGUGAGAAAAUACCCUCUUGGCGAAUUGUGGGGUGUUUUGUUUUGUUUUUUUAUCUUAAGGGAGUGGAAAACAGGCUCUCUUGCCAGCUGCUUGGGUUUGUUGGAAAGCCGCCUCCAUCUUUCCGCGGGGAAACCCAGCCUCUCCCUCCUUAGAACCCAGCACAGACAUACAGGCACGCCCGAAGGUCACUGGGAUUUGCUGGGAGAGCCGACUGGAUCCCACGCGGUCUCCGGAGCUUGGAAGCGCUGCCUGGAAACAGGAGGCCUGAAUCGUUCAACACCCCCCCCCUCCAGCAAACAAUCCCUGCUUUGGAACAAAACAAAACAAAACAAAAAACCAACAACACUGAGUGCCACCCAGUUUUGAGGCAGGAAGACUCUGAGCUGUUUGUUUGCCGGUGAGAGUAGCCUGCCCGAAAACCCUAUUUUUAAGAGGGUAGCUGCCGUCAGGUGGUUUUGAGCAAGGCUUUGUUUUUCUUCUUCCCCAAAGAAGAAAGAUCAAGGCACAGACUUUGUUUCCGCAAGGCGAGAGAUCGAUGGGGAGGCAAUCUAGGAGCCAGAGUUCUUGGCUGAGGAGGACCAAGGGGUGUGUUUGUGCGUGUGUGUCAGGACUCCUGGGUUCCUUGGAGAGGGCAAGAGGCUGAAAGUUAGGCUCAGAGGCCUGGUGAGGAGUCUGGGUUUGCCUCUCCUCCUGCUGCUCAGCUCUGCUGCUCCUGCCCUCCCUCUCCCCAUGAUGUGUCUGUGUGGGCUUUGGGGGGGGGGGGAAGCAGAGAUCCAGUUUCACUUGGGAUCAUGUGCCUCCUGCUUAGGCAAGAGGAGUGGGCGCCAUUUCUGGAAAGCCGGACUCGGGGACGGGGAUGAAGAAGGACGUCCGGAUGCAAGGCAGCCACUGCAGCUGAUCAGAAAGGCACGGGAAGUGGGGUCGUCGUUCACCCCCCCACACACCCCCACCCCUCGCACGACGGAUACAAAAAUGGCAGCUCCAGGGUACCACGUUCCACAGCCUGGAUAUCCCACCGCAUCUCCCCCAUACCCCGUACACCAACCUCCUCACCCUGUCCCCACGGCGCCGAGCCCCGGGUUCAACGUCUAUCCAGCCGGCAGCCCGGCAGCGGGGCAAAUCAUUCCCCCCCAGCCUCCUCCUCGUGCCUUUCGGGAUCACGCCGCUACGCCCCACCACCACCAAGCUCCGGACCCCCACGCGGGCAUCACUCCCUACCUGCCCGUGGCCAGCAACAUCCCCCCCGGCCUCGAGUACCUGGCGCAGGUUGACCAAAUUUUGAUACACCAGAAAGUGGAGCUCGUGGAAGCGUUCAUAGGCUUUGAAGGCAACAACAAGUACGAGGUGCGCAACAGCCUGGGCCAGCAUAUCUUCCACGCCCAGGAGCAGAACGACUGCUGCACGCGAAACUGUUGCGGGUCCCUGCGGCGCUUUUCCAUGCGGUUGGACGACCCGACGGGGCGGGAGGUCCUGCGCAUGGUGCGCCCCCUGAAAUGCGUCAGCUGCUGGUUCCCUUGUUGCCUUCAGGAGCUGGAAGUGCAGUGCCCGCCGGGCACCACCAUCGGGUAUGUGGUACAGACGUGGCACCCCUUCAACCCCAAAUUCUCCAUCCAGAACGUCGAGAAGGAGACCGUGCUUCGUGUUCUGGGGCCUUGCUUUGCCUGCAGCUGCGGCGGGGAUGUCAACUUUGAGGUAAAGACCCGGGACGAAUCGCGAGGUGUCGGGCGGAUCAGCAAGCAGUGGAGCGGCCUUCUCAAGGAGGUCUUCACCGACACGGACAACUUUGGGAUCCAGUUCCCCAUGGACCUUGACGUCAAGAUCAAGGCGGUGCUUCUGGGAGCCUGUUUCCUGAUUGAUUUCAUGUUUUUUGAAAAGACGGGGGAAGUCGGACAGAGGAGUUCGGUGAUCACAAGCUAGAACCUUCUCAAAGCCGGGAUUUCCUCUUUUCUCGAUGGACCCUUUCCCAGUUCUGACGUGACAGUGGGAGAUCGUGUGUGUGUGUGUGUGCAAGAAAGAGUGAUGGAAUAGUGUCCCUGAGUUAGGCCCGUCCCCUCGCAUUGUUCGAACCCACACGGAAGGAAAAACGAGGAAAAAUUUAAAACGUACUAGGUUCCUGCUCUGCAGCGACUUGUUUCCGUAACAGCUUGAGGAAGCCAGGGUGGGAUUUGGGCGGCCUAGGGAAUUGCUUUCUGCCCGAGGCCCCCAACCCCACACUGAUGGUUGUUACUUACAGAGAUCAUAGACUUGUACGGUUGGAAGGGGCACCUGGGGGUCAUCUAGCCCAACCCGAAGUCCUCCUUCACGCGGCGCGUCGUUAAGCUGCGGAACUCAUUGCCACAGGAAGCGGUGAUGGCCGCUAACCUAGACGGCUUUAAAAAAAUAUUAGGCAAAUUCACAGAGGAGCCCUGCCUGCAUGGUCAGACUCAGCAACGCUUCUGUAUACCUGUUUCUGAAGCCUUUGUGGUCUGAUCCUGCUUUGGGGCUUCUCAUGGUGGGCAUCUGGUGGUGAGACAAGGACGCUGGCAGGACCUUUGGCCUGAUCCAGCAGGAGGUGUUUAGGUGCUUAUGAUCUCUGGUGAAAGGUUCUGGAUGUCUUGCGAAGGCCGUGUGUGGGGCUGAAUUGACGUUUCCUUUGGCAAGGUCUGGAUUGGGACCAAAGCCUUCUGGCAGGCUGUGGUUUUUUAUCCCUGUGCUUUGGGGGGCCUAUAUGGGCUCCCAAGGGAUUAGUCCAUCCUUGAACGCAAAGAGGUGGAUAUAGUGCAGCUCUUGAUGCGCACAAGUUUUUCUGCAGUUUUCGGCGUACGACCGAGAGAUUUCAUAGCCCCCUUUGCAACCCAGGUAAAGCAAGUGGCCUUAAAACGUGGGGAGCAAGACUUUGAGCCUCUCAGGCCUCUUCCAUCCAGCCGGCGUCUCAUUUCUGCAGCGGCAGAGAGCUGGAUUUAAUUAAGGUUGCUUACAGAGGCUGAAGGGUCGGGUUUCAAGCUCCCUACCGAGCCAAUAGGAGGGCGCAGGGACAGGAAGAGAAAUGGAUGUUCCUUUCUGGAAAUACAGAAACCAGCAAUGACGCUUGCACCGAAAAAAACCGUAGCCGGCCUUUUUCAAUAAUAAUAAAAAAGAGAGGCGAUUUUGGGUGCGGGAGGGGGGAGGUUCCAGGCAUCGCAAAGAUGAGCUUGUAGCCAGGUCGUAAACAUUCAAUAAAAAGUUAAGAGCCUGCUGGGUCAGGAUCCAUCUGGCUCAGCGCCCUGUUCUCACAGCGGCCAACCAGUGGGAAAGCCACAAUCAGGAUUCGAACACGAGCCCCUUCCCCGCCUGUGGAUUCCAGCAACUGGUAUUCAGACGCAUGGCUGCCUCCUACCGCGCCCCUUUCAGAGUUCUUCUGGGUUUGGUGUCCGUCCCUGCUUCCUGCGGGAGGGAGUUCCACAGUUGCUGCUGUCCCAUUUCUGAGACACAUACUGCGCAAGACGGGCGAGGGCCGCAGUUCUUAGUUCUGCUCCGUUUCUGGUUGUUUUCGCUCGGCGUUUGGUUUAGAAACUAGCCUCCGUUGGCUUAGGGCGGGAGUCCCCAGCGUUCUUUGGACCCGAGGGCACAUUUGGAAAAUGUAAAGUAUUGUUGCGGGUGUCACAAAAUACCCCUUCCACAGUGGCACAGUGUGUUCUAACUGAAUGAGUGGGAAAGAGCCCGUGUGUGUGUGUGUGUGUGUGUGUGUGUGUGUGUGUGUGUGUGAGAGAGAGAGAGAGAGAGAGAGAGAGAGAGAGAGAGAGAGAGAGAAGAAAGAAAGAAAGAAAGAAAGAAAGAAAGAAAGAAAGAAAGAAAGAAAGAAAGAAAGAAAGAAAGAAAGAAAGAAAGAAAGAAAGAAAGAGAUGGACUAUAAUUUGGAGAAAAUGACUUUAAGAAAGCAGGCUUUUGUUGUUAUGCCAUGAGAGAAAGCGCAAGAGAGCUUGGAUUUUGGAUCUUAACAGUUCCUGCCCAAACUUCUCUUGUACAUUUUUUUUCCUGGGGGUGGGUUGGGGGUUGUUCAUUCACUGUCAGAACUAGGCCCUCAGCCCCAUUUAAUCUCUUCUGGGCUUCUGCCAAAGCCGUUGGUCUCUGACCGAGAUAUCAAACUACUUCACAGAUCUGCACACUGGUUAUCCAUGCCACAUUGCCUUAACCACUACACCUGGGAAUGCCCCCUAUCUAUCCUUAAGGGGGGAAAAAGAUGGGGGGGUGUUGUUCCUCUCUAACGUCAGGAUUGCACCAGGCGCCAAACUGCACCUCCCCGUACGUCGAGGAAACCCAAUACUUGCAUAAUUAUCACUUCAUGUUCUCUGUGUGUUUUAUAUAUAUAUAUAUAUAUUUAAAUGUUUACACCUCUGGUGUCUUGCGGUGGGUUUGGGGGCACGGGAGGGGGAAGAGAGAGGGGAAACAGGUUGGGGGUAUUUUAGACCCUCCUCCUCACCCCCCCCCAUCACCACCGCACCAAAAGAAAACAAAGAGGGUAAAAGUCGAAGCCUUUUGAGGCUCGUGGGAUGAAAGAGUCUCGAGUUGACUGCGGUGGCUCGCGAGGACGGAGGCUGCCAAGGAGCAGAAUACGAUUUGCACGAUAUCGGGGGGGGGGGUGUUGCACGUGAAGAAAUCCACCCACCACCGAGCUGUUAAAACUCAAGGCGAGAGGCAAAACAAUUGGCUGGCGGCCGACGAGGUGGGAAACAGUCGGACAACUCGUGUCUCAUCGACCGGGCCACGGUGGCCGUCUUCGGAGGUGGUGUUUAGCCGGACAGGCGAACAGGAUUGAAGAAGGAGCGGUUCCUUUGGGGGGUGGGGGGGGCUGCAAGAGAGGCGAGCGCCUUGUUUCUUUGACCACGCCUUCUGUUCCUCCGCAGCAAACCAAAGAAUAAAUGUAUGUAGUUGUUCG